AUGACUGAUCCAUUAAUCUCACUUGGUGCUCAGUUAACUCGAAUUACUCUUCCCAUGAUCAUUAUUAUGGGUGUUGUAGGUAAUUCACUUAAUAUUGCUGUACUUCUACGUCCUGUAUUUUAUUCUCAUGCUUGUUCUCGUUAUUUACUUGCUGCAUCUAUCAAUAGUGUAAUUUAUUCAAGUGUUGUACUCAUUUAUCAGCUACUAGUGACUGGCUAUCAACUUGAUCCAAGUACUAUUUCAAUAAUGAUUUGCAAAGUUAUGACAUAUGUAUUUCAUGUUACUGCUUACAUUUCACCUUACAAUAUAGUAUUUGCUUCAAUGGAACGAUAUUUUUCCAGUUCAACAAGUGUUUAUCUACGAAAUUUUAGCAGUAUUCGUAUUUCACGUUGGAUAAUUGGAUGUAUUGUUGGUUUUUUUAUACUUUUUGGUAUUAAUACAUUUGUUCUGAUUACUGCCAAUCCAAAUAAUGGCCUUGGAUGCCAAAUUCCAGAUGGCAAAAUCUAUAAUCAAAUAUAUGUAGUCACACAAGCUAUGUUAUAUGCUAUUAUUGCGCCAUUCCUAAUGGGAUUAUUCGGUUAUUUAACAAUGCGAAAUUUGAAACAAGUUCGAGUCACUCCAGUUGUUGUAUCAAAACAUCGACGUACUGAACGUCAACUUAUUCGUAUGCUUCUAUUACAAGUAGGCAUUUAUAUUAUGCUUAAUUUACCAGUCGGUGUAACAUAUUUGUCAGCAGUACUGCCAGUUUCUUAUAAAACAACGCCACUCUUUUUCUUGGUGGCCGAUAUUACUCAAAUAUUAACUUAUGCUUCUAAUAGUUCAAGUUUUAUUAUAUAUAUGAUUGGUAAUCGAUGUUAUAGACAAGAACUUAUGGUAAUUCUACGUACACUCUUUCGUAUGAAGCAACCUGUUAAUAAUCGUAUUGGAACUCAGUCAACAACAACAAAGAGAGAAAAUUUUAAAACAAUUGCUAUCAUAUCAUCUAUGCGAGUGAACAAUCCUGUUCAACAAACAUAUGCACAAUAA